AUGUUCUUAAUCCUGGUUGUCACAGUGUUCUUGGCUAGCUGCUGGGCAAUGCCCAUCAAAGACCCGUACUCGUAUUCCUCUGCGGUGGGUCAGGGAGGUGGCACCCCAUUUGCUUCCUACGGUGAAGGACGCAUCACAGGAGUCAGAGUGUGGGAGACCAACAACAACUACUACUACUACUACUACUACUACUACUACAACAGCAACAACUACAUCAGCGGGUUCCAGCUGAGAUACGGCAACACCUGGUCUCCUGUGUUCGGCCGCGAAGGGAGUGAAAAGCAGGAGAUGGAGUUGUUUAAUGAUGAGGCCAUCGUCGAGGUGUCUGGGAAGUACAACCCAGCAGACUACAUCUGCUACCUGGUGUUAACCACCAACAUGGGGCGCACUCUGUCAGCCGGCCUGCCCAACCAAGUCUCCUUCAACUUCUACCCAGCCAACAUGGGCAAUGAGCUGAGGCUGCUCAGCGGUCGCUUCAACGGUGCCGGGAUCACCUCCAUCGGAGCCCACUGGGGUUUGUUGUACAUGGAAGGGGCUGAAAACAGUACUCUGGAAACAGCACUGGAAACAGUAACUCCUAUUUUUUAGGGAAAAAAAGUAUGUCUUGCUCUUUGGGAUGGUAUCCCGGAUACAGAUUAAGCCUAGUCCUGGACUAGUUACUUUCAAUGGAGAUUCUCCAUUC